AUCCAUAUUCUUUUGUCAGAUAUUUUAUUGCGUCCAUGAUUCAACUGGCCGCAAUGAAAUGAGAGAGAAUCUGAGCGCGAGGGGGCGCUCGUGUCGUCGAAGACUCGAGUCGCUUAAAAUAAUGAUGACAAGCCACGGAACACGUGUGUUUACAGUAGAGCUUGUCCAAGGAGGUGAUUAUAUCGGCGGGAAACUUCUCCUAAUUACUUCACGGCACAUCUGUCCGUUUAUUAUUGCUUGGACUAUCGCCCACGAUCACUGGUCCUCUGCAUUAAAAGGUUUUCUCGCAUCAUGUUAUUACAAUGAACCACUCAUGAGCCCUACAAGCCUUUCGUUGGGGUUGGAAGUCAACAGGCAUGCCAGCGGGCCUGGAACCAUCCACCGCUGACGAUGGCCGAGGGGGUGGGAAACUGCCACCAGAUGCAGACCCUGGAAAACGGCGUCUCACCCGCCACACCCCUGACGCCUUCCUCGACGCGAAGCCAGAGCCUCUGCUCGGAGAUCGUCCGCAUCGAGCAACAGUCGACAGAUGGCGGAAACCAUUGUAGAUCCCGUUUCAGUGCCUUAGUGAACUCGGUCAGGAAUGCUUUGGUGAUCACUGGAAAAAACAGAAAGAAAGGGGCUGUUCAGCAAAGACCGGAUUCUUUUCUAGAAAAGUUUACCUCGCAUCCGGCCCAGAGCACCGAAGAUGACAUAGAACUGUCUUAUAUAAAAAGGUUUUUCCGGGCUCUGGUCCUCGAUCCCGCCGCCCAUCUGUACUACCGAUGGUUGGCAAUCAUCUCGUUAGCCAUCUUUUACAAUGUCAUCAUCAUCAUCGGACGCAGUGUCUUCUGGGAGCUGCAGAACCUUUGCCCUAAUCUCUGGUAUUUCAUGGAUUACCUCUGUGAUAUCAUAUACAUCGUCGAUAUCGCCGUGCAUUGCAGAACAGGUUAUUUAGAGCAAGGUCUUCUGGUGCGUGACCGCGCCAAACUCAUUCGAAAUUACACCUCCUCCGUUGCCUUCAGAAUGGACCUCGUCAGCAUCUUCCCCACGGACCUGCUCUAUGCCGUCACCGGGACCUCGUGCGACGGGAAGGUGCCUUGCUCCGUCAUCGUGCGUCUCAACCGACUUUUUCGGUUUCCCAGAAUGCUCGAAUUCUUCGACCGCACCGAGACGAGAACCAAUUUCCCCUACGCAUUUCGGAUAGCUAAACUUAUUUUGUAUAUUUUGGUUAUCAUACACUGGAACGCAUGUUUCUUCUUCGCUAUGAGCUAUGCCAUUGGAUUCGGAACAGACACAUGGGUGUACAAAAAUGUGUCGGAUCCAAAGUAUGGCUCUCUAAGCCACCAAUACAUUUACAGUUUCUACUGGUCGACGUUGACAUUGACCACAAUUGGUGAAGUGCCUGUCCCGGAACAAGAUAUAGAGUACCUGUUUGUGGUGGUCGACUUUUUAGUUGGUGUCCUGAUAUUCGCCACGAUCGUCGGAAACAUCGGAAGCAUGAUCACCAAUAUGAAUGCAGCCAGAGCUGAGUUCCAGAGCAAAAUGGACAACGUAAAACAAUAUCUAGAAUUCCGAAAGGUCGGCCCCGAUUUGGAAAAUCGUGUUAUUAAGUGGUUCGACUACCUCUGGACAAACAAACAGUCACUUGACGAAAAUGCUGUAACGUCCACUCUGCCGGAUAAAUUAAAGGCGGAAAUAGCAAUCCACGUUCAUUUAGAUACUUUGAAGCAAGUGCGAAUAUUCCAAGACUGUGAACCAGGAUUAUUGGUACAAUUAGUGUUGAGGCUGCGGCUUCAAGUGUUCAGUCCAGGAGAUUAUAUAUGCAGGAAAGGUGACGUGGGGAAAGAAAUGUACAUCGUGAAGCGAGGUCGGCUGGAAGUGGUUGCAGAUGAUGGAAAGACAGUAUUUGCCACCCUCUGCGACGGCAGUGUCUUUGGUGAGCUGAGCCUACUCAACAUUUCCGGAGUGAAAACGGGGAAUCGCAGAACAGCGAACGUCAGGAGCGUUGGCUACUCGGACCUCUUCUGUCUGUCAAAGGAAGAUCUCUGGGAGGUGCUGGAAGAAUAUCCUGAAGCACAGAAGCUGCUCAUCGAAAGAGGGAAACAGAUUCUUAUUAAAGACGGUCUUCUGGACGAAGAGGCCAUCAAAGAAGCCGAAGUCCAGCAAGAGGCGUUGAACAUCAAAGUCGAAAGACUGGAAGAUUCUAUCGAAGUGCUGCAGACCAGGCUCUCCAGAUUCUUGGCCGAAUUUGUGGCCAGUCAGAACAAUUUGAAACAAAGAAUUUACAGACUUGAAAAACAAGGCCAUCGAACUGUGGAUGACCUGAAAGUCGCGAAUAUCACCGAAGAUAAAGAAGAGUAUUUUUAGGAAAAAUUCUACUUAUGAAAUUGCUUUUGAAUCAUUUCAGGCAAUUUGAAAAGACCACGUCCAGCCUGUCGAGGUGCGAUCCUAGAUCAGCUGCCUUCUUACAUGCACUCUUGGCAUUCCCUGCAGAACGAAGACUAAGAUCAAAAGACAAUACAGGCUUCUUUUCAUAUAUAUGUUGGAACUCCUGGCUUUAUCAGUCUUUUUACAGUAAGAUGCUAAAAUACGAAGUAUUAUUUUGCUUGAUUUUGUAUCAUAGUUUUUAGCAACACUAAUAUACAAAGAAUAUAACCUUUCUAAAUUUUUUCAUACCGUAAAAAAAAUCAAAAUAGUUUAGUACUUCAAAGAUUUUGAGUGUUAAAACUAUUCUAUUACUUUAAAUAUUUCUUUUUACACAUAUUAUAUACAUAAUAUCUCUUGAAACUUUAUUCAGUAGGUUUUUCGAGAUUAAUAUCUUGAAAUGAAAACAUAAAUUUUAUGGAAUGAAAUAAAUUGUAUUUUUAAAAGUUUGCUAAAGCUUACAAAAUAAUAUUCCUAAAAUAUGACGGCGUCUUUUAAGUUUGCAGAAUAACAGAAAUAACAAUUCGGACUUAAUAAAUCGAAAUUGUUAAAAUUUUCGAGGGAAUGCAUGCUUGAUUAACGAAAGAAAUUAAGUUAAUGCAUUGCAAGUUCUAUUGCUUUCCGAGCGUACAUAUAUUCGUGUUGACAAUGAAACAUGCAAUUUGUAAACAUAAUGAGCAUAUGUGUAUCUUAAAUGUGGUCUGAAAUUUAUUGAAAUCAAUUGCUGUAUAAAUAUAUAUCUCAUCGCUUGCAUAAUCUCUGACCAAUAAUUUUGUACUGAUUGCAAAUGACUUUCAAUAAUGGAAAGUAAAAUUGGCCAUGAAGCAAGCUCCCCUGGUCAUGUAAACAGGUUAAUGUUAUGUAAAGCAUUUUCUAGGCAUCCCUUUAAUUAGUUCAUUGCAUAACACAAAACAUUAAAUCAAAAUCAUAUCUCAAUGAAAAUAAAUUUUUGUGUCUUCAAUAGUCGUAUGUGACGCUGCAAUUGUUUUGAAUAUCUUUUUAUAUCUUGCACUUUUCCCCCAAACAUUCAUAUGUGUUCAGAAUAGCUUAAGAAAUUCUCUAGUAAAUGUUACAUAUCUCAGAAUAGCUGUUUUUGUCACUUAAUGUAUAUCGAUUUUUAUGUUUUCAAAUUCAGUCAGUCAUGUGACUUCGAAACAAAUUAUUUUUGAGUGAGCACAGUCAAAAUAUUAAUUUUUAAAAAAAUGUGCUAAGUAGCUUGUUUAAGUGAAAGUUAUAUUAUUGCUUGUACUG